AUGAAGACUGUGAUUCUUGCUCUUCUGGUGUUGGUGGUUGUCAGCCAGGGUGAAGCCUUGAGGUGCAACUGUGGAGGCACCGCAAGAUGUUCACAGCGUGUUGAGACCUGUUCCGGAAAUAAUCCAGUCUGUGCCAGCAUCAUCCUUCAAGCUGGAUCCAAUGUCAGCUAUUUCAAGCGUUGCAUGAAGGAAAAUGACUGCAGGCUGCUGCUUAUUUCACAUUCUGCAUCUGGCUUUUGCUGCAGCACUGAUCUUUGCAACUGAUGAAUGGACAAUAAUCAAGCAACACAUCUCCCAGUAUUAGUAAUACUGUCAUGUGUUUUGUACUUUUCCACAUUGUCAUAAUAAAGAUCAAGAUCAUCA